AUGUCGCAGAAACCCAUCUUUGUUGUAACCCACCCGCGAGCAUGCUCGACAGCAUUUGAGAGGGUUUUCAUGACCCAACGGAAUAACAUCCAAUGUGUCCAUGAACCCUUUGGCGAUGCCUUUUACUACGGCCCCGAGAGGCUCUCAGAGAGAUUCGAAAAUGAUGAACAGGCCCGGAUAGACAGUGGCUUUAGCAAAUCGACAUUUAAAACCGUUUUGGACAGACUUGAUCGUGAAGCUUCUCUUGGCAAGCGAGUCUUCAUCAAGGACAUCAUCCACUACCUCAUCCCUCCCAACGGCCAACCCGCCAGCAUCGCUCCGUCCCUCCAGAAAGUCAAACGUGGCGUAGGCACCCAGGAACAUGCCAAUGGUGAUGCCACGGCCGUUGACACCGGACGUGUCAACGGCAAGGCGGAGGAGAACGGCAAGGAGAACGAGGCUACAAACGGGUUUCAUGCGGAAAAGAGCCCUCGUCCCAGCCACGCAAAGAUUGACAGCGGCCAGGGAACCAAACCCUACCCCUAUGACACAGAAGCCGAACCGGGCAAUCCCACCGUGAUGCCCACGGAGAUCUGGUCACGUUUCCAUUUUGCCUUCCUUAUCCGUGAUCCUCAUUUCAGUGUGCCUUCGUAUUAUCGUUGCACCAUCCCGCCACUGACUGAGGUGACUGGGUUCCCCAACUAUGACCCGUCGGAAGCCGGAUACGACGAGGUCCGUCGCAUAUUUGAAUACCUUCGAAAUGUCGGGCUAGUCGGUCCUCACAUUGCCACCCAUGAUGAGGACGAGAGUGCCAACGGCGAAGGUCUCAAGCCGGUCGUCAGUGGAAUUGGCGAAGGAAAGGAGUCGGGCGCAGAUAUUUGCGUAGUUGACGCGGAUGAAAUGCUCCAGAAGCCGGCACCAACCAUCGAAGCAUUCUGCCGUAGCGUGGGACUGGAUUAUGAUCCGAGCUUGUUGGAGUGGGACACAGACGAGGACCACCAAUUUGCCAAGGAUGCGUUCGAGAAGUGGAGGGGCUUUCACAACGAUGCGAUCGAAUCAAAGGGUCUGACUGCCAAGAAGAAGAAACAGGCCAAGUCCGAAGAAGAAUUCGAUGCUGAAUGGCGGGAGAGAUUCGGCGAGGAGGGUGCAGCGAUUAUCCGCAAGACGGUUGACGCCAACAUGCCGGAUUAUCUGUACCUCAAGCAGUUCUCGCUGCGAGUUUAG